AUGGCGUCUUCUUCACCUUCUUCUCGUCAAACGAAGCACCAAGUUUUCUUGAGCUUCAGAGGUGAAGACACGCGCCUUAACUUCACCAGUCAUCUACUCAAAGCUUUGAAAGACACGGGACUGAAUGUCUUCUUCGAUGAAGAAACAUUGGAAAGAGGGGAGCAAAUAUCACCAGCACUUUCAAAUGCAAUUAUGGCCUCAAAUCUCUCGAUCAUCAUUUUAUCUAAAGACUAUGCUUCUUCGAAAUCAUGCUUGGCUGAAAUUUCUUGCAUCAUGUACUGCAAGCACACUCGACGACAAAUUGUUCUUCCCAUCUUUUACCAUGUUGAUCCUUUUGAUGUGCGGAACCUUGGUGGCAGUUUCAAAACAUCCUUUAGUGACCAUGAAUCAAAAAGUCUAGAUCAAGUACGACGAUGGAAAAAAGCCUUUGCUGACGUCGGUAAAUUAAAAGGGUGGCAUAUUGAAGGUGGCAAGUUCGACAGACCUGAAACCAAGUACAUCAAGGAUAUCGUUGAAUAUGUUACAAAAAAGCUGAUGAAUAACAAAUCCAGUACUGCUUUUGAAGAAUUGGUUGGAAUAGAUUAUCAGAAAAAGACAAUCUUGAAGCUAAUUAAUCAAAAAGAUUGCCGCGUAAUAGGGCUUUGGGGAAUGGCUGGUAUAGGCAAAACUACUCUUGCUAAUGUUGUAUAUCAUGAAAUCUGUUCAAAGUUUAAAAGUUGUUGGUUUCUUCAAAAUGUUAGAGAGAAAAUACGCCAACAAGGGAUGGAGUCUUUACGAAAUAACUUUGUUUCUAAAAUAUUAAACCAGCAAAUUGAUAUACUUACCCCCUCGAUAGGGUCCGCUUUUAUCCGAGAGAGGCUCAACAAUAAAAAAGUAAUUGUUGUUGUUGAUGAUGUUGAUGACCCAGACCUAAUAGAUUACUUGGGUGUUAAACAUUUUGGUGAUGGAAGUAAAAUCAUUCUAAUAUCUAGAGAUAGACAAGUUCUCAAGAAUGGAGGAGCUGACAAAAUACACAAGGUAAAUAGGUUAAAUGAGAAAAGCUCUCUUCAACUUUUUUCUACAUUUGCAUUUAAGCAGUUGAAUCCUACUGCUAAUUUUCGAGAUCUAUCGAACCAAUUUGUAAGAUAUGCCCAAGGCAAUCCACUUGCUCUUAAGGUUUUGGGUUGUAAACUAUAUACGAAAUCUAGAAAAGAGUGGGAGAGCGAGGUGGAUAGACUAAAGGAAUAUGGCCAACCAAAAAUAUCACAAAUUUUAAAGAGUAGCUUUGAUGAGCUAGGUGAACUAGAGAAGAAUUUAUUUCUUGACAUAGCAUGUUUCUUCAAAGGGAAAUAUAAGGAAGAAGUAGAAGAUAUUCUAUGUUCCUUGUAUAAUGGUGCAGUGUGUGGAAUAAGCAAUUUGGUGGAUAAAUGCCUACUUGACAUCAUCCAUUUUCAAGAUAUGCUUGAGGAAGAUCUCAGACUGUUUCGCCCAACAUUUGCAGCAGAACGUGUAGUCGAUUUUUCCACAGCAUGUGCAGCAGGACCUCUAAUAAUUUCUAUGCAUGAUAUUCUUGAAGAGAUGGGCAAGGAUAUUAUUCGCCAAGAAGCUAUAGGCAUUGGAAAUUGCAGUAGACUAUGGAGUCCCAAUAAUGUGCAUCAAAUGCUGAGAUACAAUAAAAAAGGAAAUGAAGCAAUUAAAGGAAUAAAGUUAGACAUGUCUCAAAUUGAUAAUUUAAAGUUAUCUCCUACUGUUUUUGAGAAUAUGCUAAAUCUUAGAUUUAUCCACUUUUAUUUUCCUCGAAAAUUUGGGGAAUGUUGGAAUAACAAGCUACUUGCAGACCAAGUUGAUAUUGUAUCUCUUCCUGAUGAGCUAAGGUAUCUUUGUUGGGAGUGUUACCCGUUCAAAUCUUUAUCCUCAAGUUUUAAUCCAAAAAAUCUUGUUGUAUUGAAAUUACCACAUGGUGAUAUGGAACAACUUUGGAAUGGAGAUAAUCAUCAGGAUCUUGUUAGUUUAAAGGAAAUUGACCUUUUUGAUUGCAAGAAUUUAAGAAAGAUUCCUAGUCUACUCGGGGCAAUCAACCUUAAAAGCCUUUGCUGUAGGGGGUGCGAAAGUUUGGUUGAACUUCCUUGCCUAACCCAUUUGGCUUCUCUUAAAAGUUUUGAUCUUCAUGGAUGUCAUAACCUCAAGAAGAUUCCUGAGAUCCCAAGUCAUUUUCAUUACUUGGAUUUAGAAGGAACGGGAAUAGAGGAAGUGCCUGAUUCAAUUGAACAUCUCAUCUGGCUUAGACAAUUACGGUUGAGUAACUCAAGGGUUAAAAAUGUGUCCAACAAUAUUUUGAAGUUGGAAUCCCUUAAUGAUUUGGAUCUUAGUCAUUGCCCAAUCUCCAAAUUUCCAGAAAUCCCCAAAAGCUUACGUAGAUUGAACUUAUCAAAGACUCAAAUUGAACAAGUGUCCUUGUCUUUCGACUACAUAGGUAUUCUUGCAGACUUAGAUAUGAGCGGCUCAGGUAUUCAAAAGCUACAGUGCUAUAUUUCCCUCUCUGGUUCAAGAAAGAUUCCAACCAUUGAUGUGCCCUCAUCAAUCUUAUCGUUUAAAAGCCUUCGAAAUUUGAGGAUGAACCAUUGCAAGAGCCUUAAAUUACUCUUAGAUCUUCCACCAUAUUUAUGGCGCUUGGAUGCACAUGACUGCCCAUCAUUAGAAAAAGUGUCGUUCAUACAACAACACGGUUUUCUUGGUGGGGCUUAUGAGUUAAGCAUGAUGUUCUCCAAUUGCUCUAAUUUGAAUCAAGACUCAAUUGAUAGCAUUGAGGCAAAUGCCAUGUUCAAAAUUGGAUCUAUAGCAGAGAAAUGGAGAGGGCAAAAUAUUUUUUUUCCAAGAGCAUCGGUUUGUUGUUUCCCGGGAACCGAAAUUUCAGCAAAUAAGUUCGAGUCCCAGAACGUGUAUUCUUCCUUAACAUUGAAGAUAGCUCCAAAUGUGUGUGGUAAGAGAAGAUUCUUGGCUUUUGCUAUCUGCCUUGUGGCCGAUCUCACCCACUGUAGUGGCUUCAAAGAACUUGAACUUACCUGUGAAUACCAACUGACAGUCUCUAGUUGUAGUGAUGGUGGUGGUGGUUAUGAAAAGUUCAAAAGUGUGUUAUAUGACGGUGGGAGUUUAAAGUCAGAGUGGAACUGCAUGGGUGAUCACGUAUUGAUUCUAUUUCAAAAGGAUAUGAUUAAAGAAGACAAGAAUUAUGAAGAGGCAACAUUUGAAUUCUACAUCAGAAGUUAUAGCUACAAUGAAGAGGGUGAAAAAAUAUGUCUCCAUGAUUUCAAGGUGAAGAAAUGCGGCGUUCAUGUAUUUUACGUGGAUGCAAAGAGUGACGCAGAUGCUACUGAAAAGAGAGUUGCUGGAAACAAAAGAAGCUUUAGCCAUGAUGGUGAAGAAGGGGAUGGAGGACUUAAAAGAUUGAACUAG